AUGUCGGCUGCAGCACCUCUUCCUAGUAGUGCUCCUCCGGCAUCCAGUCCAGCUCAAACCGUCGUAGGCCUGUCCAGUUCUGCCAUCCCAUCUGUCGUACCCAGCACCAUCCAGCCUGUCACUGUUCAGCCAGUGGAUCCUGCUCAGCCCAAGGUAGACAUUCCUAUACCUGGCAAACCGGUAGUUCCGACGACGCCUGCCGUGCCUAUGGGCCCUGGUCCAGCUCAAACACCGAUACCUUCUCAGCCAUCAUUUCCUACUCAGCCUGUGGGGCCUGGUCCAUCUGUACCUACGCAACCUACACAACCCAUCCAACCCUCGGCACCUUCUCAACCUUCUGGACCUAGUCAACCUUCGGGACCUAGUCAGCCUUCGGGGCCCAGUCAGCCUACCAUCCCCGACCAACCAAUUGAUCAGAUGAGCCCCUCCUGGUACCAACGGUUUUGUGCCGAUGUUGCGAUUAACCGACAAGUGGCGCAGAGCCUCAAGGACGGCUUCUCGAGUCCUGGAAUUGGCAUCGCAGCUGCGGUUCUCAGCAAGUCCUCGAUCUUGUGGCCUAAUCAAACCGUUUUGAGCUACUGCUUUAUGCCGAAGAACUCCGGUAACGCCAACCAGCAAGCGAAAGUCAAGAAUACCGUCCAAGAGUGGUCUAAAUACGCCAAUGUCAAGUUUCAGAAUGUUGCUUACGAUUCAACGAAGCCCGCAGAUUUGAGGAUCACAUUUAAUCCAUCGUCGGGAUCCUGGUGCUACGUUGCAGAGGAACUCAAGAACGUUCCAGCUAACCAACCCACCACGAACCUUGGUUGGAUCGAUCCCAGCUCAAUCACAACCAGCGACGAUAUUGGCGUUAUUCUUCAUGAAUUCGGACACGCAUUGGGGUUUUUGCAUGAGCACCAGUCACCUGCUCGUGGAGGUACCUUGACGCUCAAUCGUGAUGCUGUUAUAAGCUUCUAUACGUCUACUCAAGGUUGGACAGCGGACCAAGUUCAAAAGCAAAUAUUGGAUGUCUACAAUCUCAAUGAUGUCUCGAAUUUCAGCGCCCUCGACCUUACUUCUAUCAUGAUGUAUUUCAUGCCCGCGCAAAUGAAUCUCGAGCACAUUGAAGUCCCACCGAAUAACAAGCUGUCGGAGCUCGACAAAGCGUUCGCGUUCAUCAACUACCCAUAUCCUGCGGCUAGCCCUUUCGAUUCUAAAUGGACAAUCGAUCAUGCUUUGGCUGUUGCUGGGGUCGAUGCGGACAGCAAGACUAAGAUUUUACAGGCAUAUGCUCAGCAAGACUGGGUGAACGUACGAUACUACUUUUCUCUUUUUACCACCUCUGCACACGCGGCUUCGUCGAAUACCGCACCACAAGGUGCAACCAGCGGCAAUAACACGAAGCCGAGCACCCCAGCGGACAAUGAUUACAGAGUGGCGGGUUAUUGCGAUACAGACAAAUUAACCCCUUCCAUUGCUCCACCCGACGCUAGUCACGGCGUUACAGGAUUGAAUCAUCUCUUAUGGACUCCGGGACAAAAAGUCACUUUUACCUUCCUUGAUGAUACCGACAAGGACUUUGUUUCUCCUUCUAACGAACGCCGCAAACAACGCGUCCGCGACACGUUUGCCGUUUAUCAGAACUAUGUCAACCUCAAGAUCGAGGAGGUUGCGUAUAACCGUAAAUCACCUGCGCUUAUUCGUAUCUCCUUUGGCCCUGUGCCUGACUCCAGCUCAUGGAGUUGUGUAGGCACGGAGUCGAGCGACGGCCGAACAUUCAAAGCCCAAAGUUUAUAUGGGGGAUUGCUUGAAACCACGAUGAUGUUCUGGGAUACCCAUGUUCCCGAGCUCCUCCCUUCGACACAGAAAGGCCAGGACAAAGAGACCUACACACUCUUCCACGAAAUCGGUCAUGCACUUGGGUUGAUCCAUGAACACGUCUCCCCGAAAUCAUUCACCAUGGACGAGCGAGACAAGCUCAAUUUUUUUAUCUAUACACCAUUCGAUGAUAAGUCCAUUAUGCUUUACCCAGAAAAGUCGCUACGGGGAAGCACACUUUUCAACAUCCUUUUGACGGAUCUCAACCCGACUCCUUCGAAACGGGACUUUGCUUUACUCGGUGCUAUUUACCCUGGUGUCCCCGGUGAUCAGGCAGAUCUUAAGUUCGAGCAAGACUUGAAUACCUUGGGCUUGUCUGCGGACAGUGACGCUGUAAGCAAGUUGAAUGCGCAAAGACUCUUGGCGUUUAAAGCCGAGACGGAGGAAGGCUUCACGGAAGGCAUUGCAGAACUUCGCACUCAAUUGAGUGCCGCUCUUGCAGCUUAUGCUGAGCAGCACCCUCGGUAUAUCCAAGUACAAGAUGUACCACCGCAAAGUGUCAAUCCAGGAAUCUCGGCUCCUGCCCAAGCUAUCUUACCACCAACCAAGGGAUCUUUCCUAACGACGCUCCUAAACAAUCUUCAACAACUUUUUGCUCCCACCUCAGGGCAAAUUUUUGCACUCCAAUUUCCUGGACGUUUCCUUCAGCAGGACCAAUUCUCGUGGGAUACGUCUGCCGUUGGCGCCUAUGGCCAGUUCGUAAAACCAACAGUUGUGAAUGAGAACGAGUUUCGCCUCGUUGACCAACUCUACAACCUGGGUAGUGUGGUCGGUGCCCCCAACGGCAUCAAUCUCUCCAUUGUUUACGAGCAAUGCCUCAACAACGUGCUUCCUGGAUUUACGUCUUCUGCAGGUAUCGUCUCAAAGCAGCAAGAUCAGAUUCGCCAGUGGCUCCUUAAGGAGGUUCCGACUGAGGGUUGGGUGAAGGAUCUCAUCGCUUCCCAGCAUUCAGGGACGUCUGCGUCGACUGUCCCUGCCUCAUCUAUCAACACUAGUCCAUCAACAUCGUCCGGAAUUCAACCACAGUUUGCUGUUGUCAACAAGCUCACGGGAGAUACGGUCAAUCGGAUGGAAUUGGCUGAGGCUUUGAUGCAGGAGUACCUGACUGCAAAACAGGUAUGGGAGCUCGAGCGUGAUGCAAUGAUCCAGGCUGCUACUCCAGAGACCCUCAACGAUGUUACUCGGAAUCUCUCCCACAUCACUGCGAUCCGAGACGCUCAGCUUGCGGCCAAGUACGCAGACGCAGUCGUGCGAGGGUACUCUCAUACCAUCCGCCAGUAUCUGGGGUACAUGGAUAUCAAGAGUCCCUCGGAAUUCCUGCAAGACGCGAAAGAUGCUCUCCGUGAAGCGGCGGUGAGCUCUCUCGACGGAACUUUGAAGGUGUAUCCUGUUCAGAUGCAACCCAUUGAUUGGUUCCAAGGGCUUUCGACCUCGUUCACGUUGGAAGAUCUGACCGCCGAUCCUGACCUCAUUGAGCAGCAGAUUAAUGCAAAGUCACAGCAACUCGAUGUCCUGCAGUCACGCCUUGCGGCGUUAGAGCUCAGUCCCAAGGCCGACUUGAACGCUUUGCAACAGCAACUCGAUGCAGCGCAGGCCGGCUACGACAGUGCACAAUCUGACCUGGCGAACGCUUACAAUAGCAAUAUCAUCGCUCUCGCUCAAAGCUGCAUUAACGCAGCUGGCGUUUUCUUAGAGCCCGAAUUCGAUGCUGCAGCAGCACUUUACCAGCUCUCGCAGGCGGACUUUGAAGGGAUUGGUGCUGCAAUGAAAAAGGUUACGGACGCUCAAAGUGCUGUGACGAAGGCCUCGCGUGCAUAUUCUCGACUGCUCUCAGCUAAGGCCCUCGCCAAUGCAACAGACACAGAGAACGCGAAAACACAGCUUAACCUUGACAUCACAGCCAUCACCAAGGAUCUUGCUGAGCUUACCGCUCGUCGUCAAGCCCUUCGAACACCCCAGGCAGCGGCAGCCAAGCCCGCCGCCUCCAUCAACGAUUUUACGAAUGUGCCAGCUAAUAUCACGCCAUCCGGGGGGAGCAGGUGGCAGGACAUUGUCAUGCACCACACCAUAGCAUCCAAGUUCACGACUGAUAGCAGCUCCAGCACAGGUAGCACAUCCAGGACCGACUGCGGAUUGUUCCUCUUUGCCUCUGCAGCUCAAGCAGACGCUGCCGCAGCGAGCUCAAGUAAUACAUCGAGCGAGUCAAACUUUGAUGCUCAGAUCGGCUUCCGUGCAACGUUGGUGACGGUGGAUCGGGGAGGAUGGUUCCAGCCACAGUUUUUCAAGCAAUCAAACGGGUUUUACCACAUCGAUCCCAACGUAUCUUGGUCCAAGUGGCCAAACGGUGUUGCGACUAUGGAUGACCUCAAGUCACGUGGGGAGAGUGGUCUUGAAGCCCUCAACAGGUACCUCCUGCCGGCAUAUCCUGUGGGUUUCAUCAUUUGUAAGGAUAUCACGAUCAAAAUCGCCAUGUCCAGCACGGACGUUGCAGCUUCUGCCUCGAAUCUAGAAGCUACCCUGGCGCAAUCCACAGGGGUACUCUGCUGGUCUACCAGCUCUUCUGAGACCACAACAGCAUCAUCAAAGACGUACAGCUUCACAACGGCGUCUGAUGGCAUAGUCAUCCGUAUUCCUGGCCCGCAGAUUUUAGGGUAUUAUCUUCAGCUAACGGAUCCUGACCAAACCCAGCCCGUUCCGAGUACCCUUCCAGAUGGAUUCUUAAUCUCUGACGCUCAAUAUGAUUCGGUAGUUACCACCCCCAACGCUGCAAAGCCGAAACCCACUUGA